AUGGGGGAUAAAAUUUAUGAUAUAUUAGAUAAAAAUUUUUCAAAAUAUAUGAAUAUUAUGGAAAAUUGUCGUGAAGAUAACAGCGAAUGGAAUGAAUACUGCAAGAACAUUAAUAAUAAAUUUUUAUAUGCUACUAAUCAGCAUGCUAAAGAAAAAAUGUGCCAUAAGGUGAUGGAAUACUUAUAUUACAUAUAUAAUGAUUUCAAAAAUCCAUUAGAAAAAAAUGGUUUAAUAUACUUAUAUUACUGGAUACAUAAGUAUCACCUAAAUGCUGAAAAAAAUAUUAACUCUAUCAGAGAGUUUUAUGAGGAAUUACUCAAUAUAUAUAAAAAAACUGCUUAUUUUAUAAAUGAUAUUGAUGAACAUGAGUACAAAAUAUUCUAUAAAGAAUUGAAAAUAUUCACAUAUAUUUGUGAUUUGAAUAUUAGACUUUAUGGUAUAAAAAAUAAUACAUUUGUUCCUUGUAAAAAAAAGCAAAAAUGCGAUUGUGCAGAUGAUUUUGCAGAUAUAUAUAUGCGCCUUCAUAAUGCAUGUGAAUCUAAUGGUGAUCGCAAUUUUUGUGAGACCCUAGAAGAUAUAACUUUACCUUAUUCUAGAACUAGUACUAAACAAGCUAUUUUAAUUCCAUUUACUAUAAUAUUAAUAAUCUCUCUUUUAAUAUUAAUUCUGAAUAAGGUUAUUUAUUAUUUCAUUUAUAAAUAUUUAUACGAUAAAAUGAUUUCUAUAAAUAAAUUAAAGAUUAGUGCUAAUCAAUCACAUAUAUAA